CUUCACGAUGGCUUGGAGAUAUAUUUUCUGGGAGAAUAUCAACUGGGUAGCAGGCGGCUUCUUCUUGGCUAAACGACAGGUCAUGAUGGAUUUCGUGCUGCAGUAUCAAAGAGCCGUGGAGCUGUUCUUGCGACUAAAUCAAAGCCAGGUGGAGCAGCAUGUCCUAUAUUCUAUUUACACCGACGAAGGCAGAGAAAUUGUAAAGCCAACAAUAGAACUUCAACCAAUUCAGUCUGGCUGGUUUGAUCUUGGAUUCAACUCUUUAGUUCCAGUAAACUAUUCUGCUUUAUCUCAAAGACUUGAAUUCAUGUCUACGUUCCAAAAUGUGCAAUGAACUAUAUAUAUUAACAAAUUUUUAUUGCUAUUUUUAUUAUUGAAUUUGUAGAGCACAUUUUAUAAAUUUUCAAAGACAUUAGGUAUUUUAUCGUUUAGUCCCUAAAGAAAGCCUUUAAAAAGUACUUAUUACUGAUUUU